AAGCACCAAUCUUCAAUUGUUGUUCCAACUGAUAUUAAAACACAGCCACGAACCCUAGCUUUCCGUUUACUCUCUCAGAUCUGACCAAUCCGCAAUACCCAAUCUUAGCCAUGGGUUCCAGGAAGAACGAUUUCGGCGAUGGCGCUAGUCCUGGGUUCGUUUUUUUUCUCUCUUUUUGUUGGAUAAAUAAUGAACUCUUUAGAAAAAUCUUUAUUGGAGGUCUAGCGAAAGAGACGACGCGAGAACAAUUUGUGAAGUACUUUGAGAAGUAUGGGGAGAUAAUAGACUCGGUGAUUAUGAAAGAUAGGCAAACAGGUAGACCCAGAGGUUUUGGGUUCAUCACUUUUGCGGAUCCAACAGUUGUAGACACUGUUAUAGCUGAAAACCAUAUUAUCAAUGACAAACAAGUUGAGAUUAAAAGAACCAUCCCAAAAGGAUCUGCUGAUUCAAAGGAUUUUAAAACAAGGAAGAUUUUUGUUGGUGGCAUUCCAACUACCAUGACCGAAGAUGAAUUCAAGAACUUUUUCUCUAAGUUUGGGAAAGUAACAGAGUAUGAGAUCAUACGAGAUCACGUGUCCAAGCGUUCUAGAGGCUUUGGAUUUAUUGUGUUUGACAAUGAAGAAGUAGUUGAUAAUUUGCUGGCUGAGGGAAAUAGGAUGGACAUGAUGGGUACUCAGGUUGAGAUCAAGAAGGCAGAACCAAAGAAACCCUCAAACCCAGCUUCUGCUCCUGCAUAUGGUAGUAAUUCUAGGGGGCGUGGAUAUGGUGAUAGUUAUGGAGGAUUUGCCGAUUCAUAUAGCGGUUAUGACAGUGGAGGUUUUGGCCCUGCUUCUUAUAGGUCAUUUGGAUCUAGGUAUGGUGACUAUGGAUAUGGUGGUAGAUAUGGAGACUUUGGCAGUAGUGAAUUUGGUGGUUACCGUGGAGACCCCUCACUUGGUUAUUCCAGUCGUUUUGGCUCGUAUGCUGGUGGUUAUGGUGGGGGAUACAGUAGCAGUGGGCUAGGAGCAUAUGGCCGUGGAGGUGGUUAUGGUGGCUAUGGGGGAGCUGGCCCUGGUGCUGGUUAUGAAUCUGGCCCUGGUGCUGCUUACGAAUCUGGCACUGGUGCUGGUUAUGGUGGAUCAGGAGGUUUAUAUGGAAGUAGGGGAGGGUAUAGUGGCAGUGGCCGUUACCAUCCUUACUCCAGGUAGAUUUUCCUAAGCUUUAUAGGAGUUGCAUUCAGGUAUCUUGGUUACUGCAUCCUCAGGCAAGGGUCGAGUAGAUAUCUUGGAUCACUAGCAAGGAGACACCACCUAGAAGAUUUGGAGAGCCCUAGUUUGCUACUUCUUAUUAUGACUGUGCGACCAGAGAACCAUAUCUAGAUAGAUAUGAUAUAGCUUGUGCUUUGUCUUAGUUUAGACAUUUUCUGUUUAUGAACUAUGGAUUAGCUAGAACCUUCUUUCGGAGUAUUUUUGUGUGUUUUGUAUGUUUGGUUUCAUAGAUACAUAUGAUGCAGGCUCGUAUUGUUCUAUGCUUAGUAAGUACUCUACUUCUCAGGUAUCACUCUAUGAUAAGUUCACGAGCUUUUUACUUUUAAGA